AUGCAGAUUUUUAUAAAAAUCCUUCCCAGUAAGACCAUCAUGCUUGAGGUUGAACCCUUGGACACUAUGGAAAAUGUAAAGAUUAAGAUCAGGCAUAAGGAAGGAAUUCCUCCUGAUCAGCACAGGCUGAUCUUUGCUGGAAAGCAACUGCAAGAUAGACGUACCUUCUCUGUUUACAACACUGAAAAGGAGUCUACCCUUCAGCUUGUGUUGAGACAUGGUGGUGCUAAGAAAAGGAAUAAGAAGUCUUGCACCACUCCCAAGAAGAAUAAGCGUAAAAGAAAGAAGGUUGAGUUGGCUGUCCUAAAAUACUAUAAGUGGGUGAAAUGA